UGCUGCUCUGGUGGAGCAAAGCUUCUCUGCAGGAUGUUCCAUUGAGCACUUGGAGCUACAGCUGACUGGCAAAUGGUCAUUAACCACAAUGAAUCUGACUUCUGGGUCUGAUCCAGCCCACUUCUUCCCUGAUAACCCUUCUGGUGACUCUUUCCAGCAAUGGUCCAGGUACUGGAAUUUGCAUAACAUUAGUAUUUUUUCAAGAAAAGGAGGAAACAAUUCUGAGUCAGCAAUUAACAUGACCUUCCAGCUGCCUGAAGAGGAAUUUGAUCCACUGGGAGGUCACACUGUGUGGCAGGUCAUCAUCAUCGUCUUCCUCACCGGAUCCCUUUCUUUCAUCACUGUUGUUGGCAACAUCCUGGUUUUAGUGUCCUUCAAGGUAAAUAAGAGUCUGAAGACGGUUAACAACUACUACCUGCUCAGUCUGGCCUUUGCUGACCUGACUAUCGGCACUUUGUCAAUGAAUCUCUAUACUACCUACAUCAUCAUGGGCCAGUGGGCUCUUGGGCCAGUGGUUUGUGACUUGUGGCUUGCAAUAGACUAUGUGGCCAGUAACGCCUCCGUCAUGAACCUGCUCGUCAUCAGCUUUGACAGGUAUUUUUCUGUGACCAGACCUUUGACCUAUCGGACCAAACGAACAACCAAGCGAGCCAUGACCAUGAUUGCAUUAGCCUGGUCCAUCUCUUUCAUUCUCUGGGCCCCAGCCAUACUGUUCUGGCAGUACAUUGUGGGAGAGCGCACGGUCCAACCAAAUGAGUGCUACAUCCAGUUCUUGUCCGAGCCCAUAAUUACCUUCUGCACUGCUAUUGCUGCAUUCUACUUACCAGUGAGUAUCAUGGCCAUUUUGUUUUGGAAGAUCUACCAGGAGACAGAGAAGAGAGCUAAAGAUAUACAAGGUCUCAAGGGAUCUGGGUCAAGCACCAACCCAAGCCAGGCUCAGAACCUGGACAACAGCAGUGGAAAAGAUACAGUUGGCAGCCAGAGGAUGUCAUCAAUCAUGCUGCACCAGAUCAGCUCCCAGAGUGUCAGCAGGAGUGAAAUUUGUUUGCCUUCUCCAGCGAGAAACAGGAACAAUAAUUCCAGCUCACCAGGAGAGGAAAACCAAAAGUGCUGUAGAACGCUAUGUUUUCAGUUCUCAGCCUUCUGGACUCGUUUUCCUGCAUCCAACAGAUCCUGCAACACAACAACAAUUACAGUAGAGGAGACCGAGCGCAGCAGCGUUAACAGUGACAUGGAUGCUGCUUCAGAGGUGAACAAGAACAGCCAACAUUAUGAAAGCAUCAAAGUUCAGAAAGGCUCAGAUGGACUUACUCCCUCAUCUCCUCUUGAUCAGUCAGUUGCUAAAGCAACCAGAGAUGCUGUGCUUGCCAAACGCUUUGCCACAAAAGCAAAAAUAGAGAUCAAUAAGCGCAAGAAUGAAAAAAAAGCAAAUGAAAAAAAAGCAGCAAGAACUCUGAGUGCUAUUCUGUUUGCAUUCAUAACCACAUGGCUGCCGUACAACAUCAUGGUGUUGGUCAACACUUUCUGUCAGGAUUGUAUUCCAGAAUCUCUGUGGGCUCUGGGGUACUGGCUGUGUUAUGUUAACAGCACAGUGAACCCCAUGUGCUACGCUCUGUGUAACAAGACCUUCCGGACAACCUUUAGGGAUAUAUUAAUAUGCCAGUGGAAUCAAAACAGGAACAAGCCCAAUUUUAAUCAAAGGCAGGCUGUUGGCUUCCGAAAGGAGCCUAGAUAGAUUGUAAUACCAGAUUGAUCCAUUAAGUGAAGAUAUUUUCUUUAGUUUAGGUGCGUCAUAAAGAAACACUCACCUGUUUCUUUAUUUACUACCUAAACUUGUUCAGUUUAUGGGUUUUACAACAUCGUGUUGGGAAGGAUAUGCUCGAUGUAUUGACUGUAACCCUGCAUCAGAAUCACAAUUCCUUUAUUAUCAUUGUACAAGAAAGCACAACAUUUUAAAAAUAAUUCUUGAAGGCAGUGCAAAUAAAUAAUAAUAUAUGUGUUCAAAUAUCAGUGGGAAAUGAUACAUUUUAAAUAUAUAUUUAGUGAAUUAUAUUUGAACUUGACAGGAUAGACCUUGCUUACAGUUGUAUUCAUAGUUUUUGUUUCAUUUUUAUAAAUAUAUUAAGAGGAUUUAGUAAAAAUUAUUUAUAUAUUUGACAAUAUUGUGGAGGUUUUAAGAUGGACAGUGAUUUUACACUCAGUAAUCAUAUAAAAUCCAGAGUCUAGUUUUUAUUAUUUACAGAAAAUAGCAAAGAUCAAAUUUAUUCUGUCAAAUAAACAGUAAUCCAUGCCUUCAUUUCAUCACGACUGGAUUACUGUAAUUCCCUCCACCUGGAGUCAGCCAGUCCUCACAUGUCUGCAGCUGGGGCAAAAUGCUGCCGCCCGUCUUUCAACAGGAACCUGUGACAAAGAGCACACACCCUAACCCUGGUCCAGGCUUCUCAACACUGGCUGCCCGUGUAUCAGAGUUAAUUUUAAAUUCCUUUUGUUUGUUUUUAAGAUUUUAAAAAGUAACAACCUUUCCUAAUUUACCUUAAACAAGAUGAUUUAGGACAGAAUGACCUACAGGAGAUGACAUCACAUAUCAGAGGACUGAUGAAGAGAAUGAGAUUUGAAAGAAGAGGAUCCUGGUCUGAGCAUCCUCACCAGGUGAAUCAGGGCAGAAUGACUGAAGAGAGCUGGCUGCACCUCAGAGAGCUUUAGAAAACAGAACCAGAGCUGCUUCAUCAUCUGUUAUCAGGUUUUCCUCAGUAUUCAUGGACUUCAGACUGUUGGUGUGUAUGAUGUGUGAGUUGAGUGUGUGUGACAGAGCUGUGCUGGAUCUAUCAUCCCUAAGAUAUCGUGAAUAUCAGUAGAGUCACACUUGUACUGAAAUGUAGUAAUUUCUUUAUUUAAAAAUCAAUUUGAAAUUUUUUUAAACUUCUAAAAAAAAUUAAGUCAUUAUACAGUUUUUUCUCAGUUACUUAUAAUGGGACCAUUUCUUAUUGACUUUUGCUAUUUACCAGUUAUUCCUAAUUAAGCAAUGCAAUAAUUUAAUAUUUUGUCAAGUUAUAACUUUAACAGUGAAAACAUUUUCUUACAGUUACAGGAAAUGACAUCAGAUUUGUUUCAUGCUGCUUCAUAUUAAGGCAAUGUUCACAAGCUGCCAACCAGCAGCUCAGAAGGUGUGGUUUUUGGUUUCAUGUUUCACCAGAUGAGUUGCUUGUAGACGCUGUAAUGUGUGUGAUCAGAUCAGAGCUUUGCUGUGAUUAAAGAUUUCUUAGGUUCAUGAUCUUGCUUUAUUUGUACUCAUGCUUAUCUGUUAUCUACAUUAACUGUGUAAAUUCUGACAUCCAAACAAACAGCUGCAUAAAAGUCACAAUAAGUCAAUAAGGGAUGAUUUAUUGAUCUUUGAGGACCAACAUCUAGAGGAACAGAAAGUAACUGAUCUGAUAUCAAAUAUUACACACAACAAUAAAUUACUUUAAUUGCUGUAGUUCCAUCUUACUUUUGUCAUUUACAGAUUAGUGUUCCUGUUUACAGUGAUCCAAGUAGUUCUAUAUUUUGCUUAUAAUGAGUCAGUAUUUUUUGUAAUGUGCUAAAACAGAGUUCAGUAAGUUUUUAGGUUUUCAGAAGGUUAAUUUGUUUUUCUUCAGAUUUUGACUGUAUUGUCACUCAUUUCUGUUUUCAGCCCCCUUGAUGAGUAUUAAGGUCUGUAUUUUCCCCCUAAAAUGAUAUAAGCAGCUCAGGUGUGCACCACCAUUCACUUGAUCCAGUUAUGGUUUGUUAAAACUCAGCUAAUAUCAUUUUAGGUAUAACCUUGCUGGUGCUAAAAUACAGGAUUUCUUCGUCCAACAGAGUAACUUCUGAUAGAAAUGGUAAAUGUAUUUCUGGAACUCUACUGGUAAAAAACUAGAUACUGAUAAAAACUGGUUUUCUAAAAUGUUCCAAAAGACAUACGGGUGGUGCUGUAGGAGCCUUUCCUCUUGACGAGUUCUGUCAGAGUUGCAAAGUUUAAAACAAUCAAAAAUAUAAAUUAUUCCUCUAAAACUCGGUAAGGUCUUUGCUUGAAAACAAGUGAGAAAGUAGUCAAUUAAACUAUUUUAAAGGCUCUUAAAAACAACAACAAAGAAA